ACUCCUUUUGUACAAGGCAGGGUUGAGGUCAGCUGCACACUCAGAAACCUGGUUGGAUUCACUCCAGUCAUUCAGUGACAGAGGGAGCAGAGAAAGACCUCUGGGUUAUCUGUGCUUCUGGGGAUCUAGACUAGUGGUUGGUGCAGAGGAGAUCUGAGAGAUCAACGAGAAGAGCAAGGAUCUUGGCAGGGGAAGCCUGAAUAUGAAACAAGGGAUAAGAAAACUUCCACACAAACAAUUGCAGACUUGCACGGUGCCCUGGGAAGGAAGAUGCCCAACUGCACCACUGUAACCGAGUUCCUCCUCCUGGGCUUCUCUGACACUCGGCAGCUGCAGAUCUUACACUUUGUUAUCUUUCUCACAGUAUAUCUGGCAGCUCUGGUGGGGAACCUCCUUGUCAUCACUGUUGUAACUACGGACCACCACCUCCACAGCCCCAUGUACUAUUUUUUGGCAAAUUUCUCCAUCCUUGACCUUGGAUACAUCUCUGUCAUAGUCCCAAAAUCCAUGGCCAAUUCUCUCUUAAACACCAGGAAAAUUUCCUAUGCUGGAUGUGUGUCCCAGGUCUUCCUCUUCUUCCUCUUUUGUUCAGCUGAUUUUUCAUUCCUCACAAUCAUGGCAUAUGACCGAUACAUUGCCAUCUGCAAGCCACUGCAUUAUGAGAUAAUAAUGAACAGGAGAGCUUGUGUCCAGAUGGCUGCCUGUGCUUGGGCUGCUAGUGUCAUCUACUCUGCACUGCACACUGGGAACACCUUUAGUCUCCCCUUCUGCCACUCAAAUAUCAUCAACCAGUUCUUCUGUGAAAUACCCCAGCUACUCAAGCUCUCCUGCUCUGACACAUACCGCAGAGAGCUGGCAGCAAUUCUCUUAAGUAUAUUUUUAGUUCUAGGGUGUUUUGUUUUCAUCGUUGUGUCAUAUGUUCAGAUCUUCACCGCAGUGUGGAGAAUCCCCUCUGAGCAGGGCCAGCAGAAAGCCUUCUCCACCUGCAUUCCUCACCUGCUUGUGGUCUCCCUGUUUAUCUCCACUGUUGGCAUUGCUUACUUGAAGCCCGUCUCUGACUCCCCGUCCCCUCUGGAUCUCCUGGCAGCUGUUCUGUAUUCUGUGGUGCCUCCAUUGAUGAAUCCGGUCAUCUACAGCAUGAGGAACAAGGAGAUCCAAGCUGCCCUGAGGAAACUGCUCCACAAGCUGAUCUGCUCCAGGAACAAUAUGUCCAUCUUUCUUUCAUGACUUUGCUUUACUUAUAUUUUUGUUUUCUAAUUUACACAUGAACUUAGUUUUUUCAUAGUAUUGUGUGAAUCCUCCAUAUAUAAAAUGAAGGUGGUGGGUUAAUUCUGUAACUCUGUAAUGUCAAAGACCUGGCUUUUAUCAUUAUGUGUUGACACUGUUGAAGUGGGAAAGUAAUGUUUCAUGCAUCAAUUUUACUGUCUUUGCACCAUCUAAAAUAUAUCCCUCAAUUAUAAGAUAAUGAAGAAUUAAAGAGUUUUGUUUACUAA